AUGAAAUUUUUUCUGCUCCUGAGUAUUUUCGGAAUCGCAGCUCUGGGAUGGAGAGGACGGAAAACUGGAUUUGGUACUACUCAUUCAGGGCAUUGGCAAGAUGUUGUUCCGGAUAAAACGAAAUAUUAUAUACCUAAAAAAGAAAAAGGGAAAUGCACUUGCGUGCUGCACGUCCACACUUGGCCUCCUAUGAAAUUUUCCAAAGCUCUGAUUCGAAGGGAGUGCAUAAAUGAAUGCGAGAUCUAUGAGGAAGGAUUCCGUGACGGUCAAAAAAGGGUGAUUCUCACCUCGAGCAUCACUUUUCAAUUUCCUACUCCCCUGUUUGCAUCAGGGACACGUACUUUGCCGAAAACUACGAUGAAACUCUUUCUGCUGUUGGUUAUUUUCGGAAUGUGCGCAGCUCCGAAUCCUUUUGGUAGAAAGAGCAUAAGACGACGUACUACUACCCAUGAACCACUUACUCCUUGGUGGUGUUAUAGGUGUGACAAAGGGCUUUGCAAAAGGGCCCUCUCUACUAAAAAAACUUGCUUGGAUGAAUGCGUUCCUUUUAACCGUCGCACGGACCGUACGUAUAAGAAAAAAAAUACCGCAGUGAGCAAGAAUGCAAGAGGAUAUGCGAGCGCAAGCCUCAUUAGUAAACAUCUCUUUCUCUAUCUUCACUACAUACGCUUGAUGACUUAA